CCCUCCAAGCGCCUGGGGGUGUGCGCUGGAGAGGGCUCGGCCUGGGGCAGCGCCCGGCCCCUCAUGAAGGUCAUCGAGGUGUCGGGCCACGGCAUCCCCUGGCUGCUCGGCACCUUCUACGGGCUCUGCCACAGUGACAGCUCGGCGGCCAGGGAGGUGCUGCUCAACCUGCUCUUCGCGCUGCUGCUGGACCUGGUGAUGGUGGCGGUGGUGAAGGGGCUCGUCAGGAGGCCGCGGCCCACGCACAACAAGAUGGACAUGUUCGUCACCAUCUCGGUGGACAAGUACUCCUUCCCCUCGGGCCACGCCACCCGGGCCGCUCUGGUGUGCCGCUUCGUCCUGCGCCACCUGGUCCUGGCCGUGCCGCUGCGGGUGCUCGUGGUGCUCUGGGCUCUCAUCGUCAGCAUCUCCCGGGUCAUGCUGGGCAGGCACAACAUGACGGACGUGCUCUUCGGGCUGCUGCUGGGCUACGCGCUCUACGGCGUGGUGGAGCACUGCUGGCUGUCCCCCGCCACCGCGCCCGCCCUCUUCGCGCUCUGGAGCCGCUGACUGCGGCACAAACUCACACAGGGAGGGGAUCCUGACACUCGAACUGGCAUCCUAAACCCAUCAGUCCGGCCAAGACUUCUCCACGAGCGGUGCCGCAGGCUCCUGCACUCAUGUCUGGUGCUGUGCUGCCAGGCAGGGUCUGCGCUGACUGAUCUCUGGUGACCAAAAGCAGUGUCUGCAGAGCCUGGGGAGGGCUCAGCACACCCAUCCGGCAGCUCACUGCUGAUACUGUGAAUCUGCAUGCUCUCGCUGGGCACCUGCAAUAGCCCAUGGUGUAUGUGGUAGCUGUGACUUUGCAGAGGUUUCUCUACAAUCACCCCUGUAUAUGUAUCCUAUAAAUACACUGAUCAUGCUGCUGUCAUAAGCAUACCCUG